AUGGGCGAAGACUGCGGUGCCUACCGGAGGAAGGGUGUGGGGAAACAACUCUCCGAUACCAUCCACCUAUACAUCAUCAUGUCUGGCGCCACCGCUAUCGUUCUCUACCCUCGCAAGGAGGGCUCCACCUUUAACAAGGAGUACUACCUCAAGACACACAUGCCGCUCGCCAUGAAGAACUGGAAAGACCACGGUCUCAAGUCCUACGCCGUCAGUGAGCUCAACGCCGAUGGUCCAUACGCCAUCAGCACCGUCAUGGAGUUUGACAGCCCGGAGAGUGUCGGAAAGGCCUUGCAGAGUGAGGGCACCAAGGAGGUCAUGGAGGACGUAAAGAACUUCAGCAGCGAAACACCGAUCCUCGUUCACGGCAAUGUCGUCGGACGAAGUUAG